AUGGUGAGUGUGGUAAAGGUGGUGACUGUGGUAGAGAUGGUGACUGUGUUAGAGAUGGUGACUGUGGUAGAGAUGGUGACUGUGGUAGAGGUGGUAACUGUGGCAGAGGUGGUGACUGUGGUAGAGGUAGUGACUGUGGUAGAGAUGGUGACUAUGGUAGAGAUGGUGACUGUGGUAGAGAUGGUGGCUGUGGUAGAGAUGGUGACUGUGGUAGAGAUGGUGACUAUGGUAAAGGUGGUGACUGUGGUAAAGGUGGUGACUGUGGUAGAGAUGGUGACUGUGGUAAAGGUGGUGACUGUGGUAGAGAUGGUGACUGUGGUAAAGGUGGUGACUGUGGUAAAGGUAGUGACUGUGGUAAAGGUGGUGACUGUGGUAAUGGUGGUGACUGUGGUAGAGGUGGGGACUGUGGUAGAGAUGGUGACUGUGGUAGAGGUGGUGACUGUGGUAGAGGUGGUGACUGUGGUAGAGGUGGUGACUGUGGUAGAGGUGGUGACUGUGGUAGAGAUGGUGACUGUGUUAGAGAUGGUGACUGUGGUAGAUAUGGUGACUGUGGUAGAGAUAGUGACUGUGGUAGAGAUGGUGACUGUGGUAGAGAUGGUGACUGUGGUAGAGAUGGUGACUGUGGUAGAGAUGGUGACUGUUUUAGAGAUGGUGGCUGUGGUAGAGAUGGUGGCUGUGUUAGAGAUGGCGACUGUGGUAGAGAUGGUGGCUAUGGUAAAGGUGGUGACUGUGGUAGAAAAGGUGACUGUGGUAGAGAUAUAG